AUGACCGAUGCUAGCAAGGGGAGAACUCUGUUGCACUGGAUCGCAGCUGCUGGAUUUACCCCAUCUCCUGAGUUAACCAGGCCGGGAAUGGAGGAUCUGCCUGUACAGCAGCGUUCAGCUUUCAAUUGCAGCAGCAUCAAUCGUUCGUCUCUCUCAGUGCUGGAUCCUGCACGCAGCACCCUGCAAGAUGCAGACACCAUCCCCCAGUACAUCGGGCUCAUCUUCACGCUGCUCCUGGAUCUGGUUGCCAUCGUUGGGAAUGUGGCUGUUGCUUUUGUCAUUCUUAAAACGCCCAAACUGAGGAAAUUCCUAUUUGUGGUGCACCUGUGUAUUAUCGAUGCAUUAGCUGCCAUUACAGUCAUGCCCCUGGGGAUUGUGGCCAGCACAGACACCGUGGGAUUUGGUGGCUCUCUCUGUCAGACAUACAUUUCCUUGGAGGUCUGCUUCAGUAGUGCGUCCAUCCUCACCAUCUCAGCCAUCAAUAUAGAACGCUACUACUAUAUAGUGCACCCUAUGAGGUAUGAAGUGAAGAUGACCUUAGGUUUGGCCAUCUCAGUUUUGGUUUUCAUCUGGUUUCAGGCAUCACUGACAUCAACCUUGCCCUUUCUUGAUUAUGCACCACCAGGUGAUGGCAUAGGACCAGGCAAUGCCAGCAUUGUCAAUGCCAUACGCUGCUCCUUACAAAGGAAUGCAGGGAACUACAAAAAAGUGUUUCUGACGUUUUUUGUUAUAGUAUAUUUUGUGUUGCCUAUAGUGAUAAUCCUGACAGUUUAUUGUAAUGUAUUCAAAGUGGCAAGAAUUGCAGCACUACAGCAUGGGCCACUACCCUCCUGGGCAGCAAGUCCUCGUCAAAGAUCCAACUCCACAGGAAGUCAGACCAAUAUUGUGACUGGUAAUAGAUCACACAGGCUAUCACCAGAGAGGACCUUAGGGGGUGCAAAAGCUGCCAUUACCCUCAUUGUGAUAGGUGGACAGUUCAUUUUGUGCUGGUUGCCUUAUUUUGCAUUCCAUGUACACAAUGCUCUAGAAAACAAUCCAUACAAGACUGCAGAUAAGUGGGAGGAUAUAGUAAGGUGGCUUGCAUACACAUCAUUCACCGUUAACCCAUUUGUAUAUGGGUGUCUGAACAGACAGAUAAGAACAGAGCUUAUCAGGAUACCAAAAUGCUUCCUUAAACAAUCUCCGGAUGAACAGCUGGGCCUCUCCAGCCAUGAGGGGUCAGUGGAAGAAAACUUCCUCCAGUUCCUACAAAGGACUAAUUGUGUGGUAGAUAGAAGAAAUAGUUUUCCUACUUCUUCAACUUCAAAGCUACUUGUUAAUCAAAGUACUCUCAGUUUUAGAAUUCCAGGUCAAAUUAUUGAGGAAACACCAGAAUCAAUGGACCAGGAAUCAGCAGGAGAGUUUAAAAUUGUCCAAAUCUGUACCAAACAGGAGAACUUUCUAGGAGUGACAAAGUAGCUUCUACUUACAAUGACUCAUUAAGGAUA